AUGGAGAUCCUAGAGAAGGGGCAGUGCGGGAAGACCACCAAGAAAGCCGAAGGACGGAAGAAGGAAUCGAAGAAGGACUCUCACAAGGACAAGAGCAAGAAGGCCCCCAAGAAGAAGGUGGAAGUGGAAAAUGUGGAGGAAAACGAAGCAGAUGAUCGCAAGUCUACGGAUGAGGAACUCAGUGAUAGCGAGGACGAAUCCAGCCAGGAGAGUUCCCACAAGAAUCGGAAGAAGCGCAAGAAAAAGGAGAGCCGCAAGAAGAAGAAGGAGAAAGAGAAGAAUGUAAACCGUGGCCGCAAGGGCAACCGCAAGGGUACCCGUAAGCCACGAUCUCGUUCUCCAUCAGAUUCAUCCAGCUCAUCUAGCGAAUCCAGCAUGUCUAUGAACGUGUCCACUUCCUCUGGCUCAGAGUCCAGCGGAUCGACCAACAGGAGCCGAGUGUCGCGGAGCCUUUCACCACCACCAAGACAAUGGUAUGCCCUAUUAUUCGCGCACCGAAACCGUCAGGGAGUGUUCGAUAGCAGGCACCGAGCGGAGAAGUAUGCCACCAAAUACUCCAUCAUCAAGAAAUUCUGUACCAAGAAUGAAGCCAAGGAAUGGAUUGAAUGGAUGACCAAGAAAUCCAAAGGAGAUGGAAACUUGGAUGGUGCUGACCAAGAAGCUGAGAUCCGGUCUAAGACGGUAGCCCGACCACCCAUGCAACUGAAUGGAAGGGACAAGUCGGCUAAGAAGAAGGAUGAAGUCUUCGGAGUUAACUUAGAUGUUGAUGGUGCCGAACUCAAGAGGAAGCUGUCCCCACCAGGAAUUCCCUGUUUGAGAUCGCCACGGUGA